AUGACUGGACAUUUGCAAUCUACCGGCCGUGGAGGCGCUGGCAAUAUCGGCGAUAUCACCAAGUCACCCAAAAUUCAGCCCAAGGAUCUGGAGACACCCACCCUGAAGACGUCAGUUGUUACAACCGGUCGUGGUGGUUCGGGCAACAUGGCGCACAACAAGGAUCCGGCCGAGACGCGCGCACUACAAGACGUUGCACCUGUCACACGGCGACCCAGUGAAGGCGCUACGCACGUUGGCCGCGGAGGAGCUGCCAACUAUGUAAAGCUGAGCGCUGAAGAAAGGGAGAGGGCCAAGAAAAGCGAGAGCGCAUUUGAGGACGAUGCUGCUCCUGCCCCUAAGAAGGAAGCCAAAGGACUCAAGGACUGGCUCCGCCUGGGCAAGAAGGCAUAG